GGCGCGGGCGCCAUCUACUCGCUCAGUGGUUGACUAUCGUCCGAAGGCCUGUGUACUCGCGAUUGUAUUAGCAGAUUAUUGCGACAUUUCGUGUGACAAUUUGAUUCAAGUGUGUCGUGCCAUAUAACAAAGUGACCAGUGAUACGCUGUAAGAACGGAUACAAAAAGAAUGGACAGGCUGUUGAAAGAUAUGAAUGUGACGUGGCGAUGACAAGCCUGAUCUUGGAAAACGCAGACUUGAACCGACUUUUCCCAAAAUGUCGGCCUAGGGGUGGCCCACCCCCGAGUCCGGGGGCCUCCACGCAGAUCAGUCAGCCGCAUGAGAGCCUCUGCCAAAAGGAGGCCGCCUCUGUUACCACCAACCUCACGACUAGCCUCACGAGCACAUUCGCGACUACGUUCGCAAACACUCUCACAACCACCCUCGCAAACGCCUCCAAGAACACACAUUCGAACCACUCACGCGCGAUACCGGAAGACAUGAUCGACCUCGAGCGCGACAUUUCCGAUAGGACAACGAGCAUGGUGUCCAGUUUCGCAGGUGAUAAUCAGCUAUCCGUUGGAGUCAGCGGUGGCAAUGGCAGUAUUAGUGGGCCACUUGGAACAUUUAGUUCACUUGGCACACUUAAUACAAAACCACUUUCUUCGAGCUCCUCUUCUGCCUCUGGGCGUAGCGAGGAUGCACCGCAGUAUGGUAGCCUUCCAGGUAGUGAUCACCAGGGUCACUCGCAACAGGAUGACAGUGGACCUGAAGAAAGCCCUGUGUAUAUUUUAACAUCUGCUAAGGGUGACUUCAGUUACAAGUUAACAGAUUCCAGAAUUAUAGAAAUUGCUGGUGGGCGAGAAGUUUUUUCCCAAAGUAGAGGUAAAGUAGCAGCUAGAAAAUCACGCUUUCUUGCUGCAUCAAAUUCCUUAAAUAACGAAGAUACUCAAACAGAUAACAAGUUAUCAGUUAAAAGAAAUAAUAAAUCUCCAAAUACACAGACUGUGUGGGAAUUAAGGAGCCGAUGUGGUGACACAAGAAAGCAACGCUCUAAUAGAGAAGUAACGGAAACUGUAUUUUCUUCAGAAAUACAUUCUGUGCGACAUAAUCCAACAAAAUCUAUUCUUGAUUAUGAUUCUCCUAAAAGCAAUCACACCAAUCGUAUUAUUAAUUAUGACUCAAUUUUGAAUAGCAAUAAUGUAGAAUAUGGUGUACCAAAAAAUAUUACGCAUCUUGAUUAUGGAUCAAAAGGCUGCAUAGAUUACCAGUCAAAUCACACAACACCAGCAAGAAGCAUGGCUAUUGUUAGUGACGGUGAAGUAGUCGUUUUUGACGACAUUGAUGAUAAUUGGCAAAAUUUACGACUAGAUUUAUCUUCUAAUAAUUCAAAUCAAGUUACGUCUAAUACUAAUAUAAAUCAUGAGUCCGAAGAGUCUCAAAGAGGUCGUAUUCCUCCAGAACCUUUGAGUUCUAGUAUUGGAAGUACUCCAAGCCCGACAACGGCAUAUCAUCGUAACACUUCAGAAUUCUUCAAGGUAAUUACACCGGCUAGUGAUUGCGAGGUUGAUUCACCAUCCUCAGAACGUAAUCACAAAGUAGCAAGAGUAAUUGGUGAAUUACCGAUAGCACAAUAUUCAGAAAGUCCAAGACGUUAUGGAGUACGUGAUACUCAACUUCCUUGUCUUUUAUCAUCACCUUCUGUAUACAUGACACCAAGACCUGGUUUUCCACAAAGAGUUUUGCCAACAACACCAAGUCACAAUGAGAAGGAAGAUAUCUCUACAGACAUUAUCGUUGAAAAGGCUGAGGUAGAAACAAAUAUGAACUAUUCUGAUGAUCAAACAGUGAAUGCUUCUCCUCCAUCUCCAAAACUUGAAGAUGAAGAAGAAGAUUCUUUGAAACCAUCAUCAACUUUACCAACUGAUAACAUAAGCAAUUUAGUAUCAUCUGGUGGCAGCACAUUUGAUUACUUGUACGAGUUUUCAGAAACUCGGAAAGUGCUAGAGGAAUUUUUCAAGUGUCCACCACCAUCGAAAGAAAAAGAAAACAGUACAGAGUCUUUUCCAUUUCAGGAUCUUGAUUAUGAACUACGAAGGCAAGGUGGAAAUGCUUACGUUGGUCAACGUUUAGCAAGCGGACCACCAACCACUGAGGAGGUUUUGGUACAUGAAUCUCCCAAAAAGCAAAGAACCGAUUAUACACAAAAUACUGGUGAACAUGAAAAUAAUUUCUUGGACCUUUCGGUUGGCACUGGUAGCAGUGAAGAUCUUGGAGAAACAGAAGUCGGGUUACAAGUCGGACAUUCUCGCAAUUUUACAUUAAGUCCUGAGAUGACUGAUUGUGAUAGUAACUGUGGCGAUCUUGAUAGUGAAGUCUCUUUAAUGAUGAUGGAUAAUGAAUUGAUACCUGCCAGUGGACUUCUUGGAUCGGUCGGUGAUUUAGGAAAUAAUUCAGAUUCGUUAAGAAUAUAUACCAGUAUGCCGGUUCUUGAGGAUGGUUUGUCCAGCGGUCAUGCUAGCGAUACUGAUAAUAAUAAUCCGACAGCGAUGCUAAUGAAACGACAAAUUAAUGAAAUUGAAAAAGAGAUUAUACAAAGAAGUCGUGUAAAUGACACUGGCUAUCCUACUACAACAGAAAGCGACUCAGCCGAAAAAGAGUUCUCUGGUUUAAUUAUUAGCCAAGACAUUUUACACUCUUUAAAAUCAUCAUCACCUGACUUGUUUGUUCCUAAAAAAGAAAAUUCGUAUGACGUAAAUGAAUUACAACUUGAUGGCCUGGAUCCUCUUGGUACACCUCCACCACCAGCGCCUCAAGCAAGGCAAACAGUUAAUUUAGAAAUAGGUGGUGAAGUUGCGGCUGCUAUCAAAGAUAUUAGAAUGGCUUUACAGAGGACUAAAACUUUACCUGUGAAGCCUUCAACAGAAGAACCACUGGAACCAAAUGUCAGUCCAAUUUGGAUACCAAGUAUAUCGGAUGGCAGGCGGAGAAUUUGUGUAGAAAAUAAUAGUGAAGAUUCGGAAUUGCGACGUGCGGGUGAGGAAGCGGACGUUGAAAUCGAGGAAGGCCCAGAUGAAGAGGAAGCUGAUACCGAUCUCGAAACCGAUCGUUUACUUGGUCAACAAAGAACAGAUGAUCAGGGUUUCUAUGAUGACAAGGGGUGGAGGAAGCCUAAGACUAGGACAAUGUUACCACCGAUGAGUGGGAAACUGUCGACUCCUAAACAAACUCCCCCGAAAAGCCUGAGUGUCGUCCCGGUAGAAAGCCCGCUAGUACCUGCAGAACCUUUAGCUUCAACCUCUGCCUGUGUAUCCACUUCCGCUUCUGCCUCUGUUUCGCCUCCUCCGGUAGUUUCCGUUAUUCAGCCGCCACCCUCCGAUUGUGAUGUUACCACUCCUACGCAACUCACAACGAGUCCACAGAAGACUCCAGCAAAAAAUUCUCCCUCGUCCCCUCAGAGUCUCAAGGAAUCCAGCAACAAGGUGAAAAAGGAUAAAGAAGAGAAAAAGAAAAGUAGGAACAAAGAAGCUCUUCUCGACGAUCCUUCAGUUUUGAUCGAGGGUGUCCUGUUUCGAGCGAGAUACCUCGGAUCCACUCAGCUCGUGUGUGAAGGAGAACCCACGAAAUCUACCCGCAUGUGCCAGGCAGAGGAAGCUGUCUCCAGGAUAAAGGAGGGGCCACUGGCUACGGGUAUGCAAGCUACGCAGUUAAACUAUGGGGGGCAGCACGGUUUCGGUCGGUGCAGCAUUGCCUCGCAAGGAAGCCUAGAGGAGGAUGAAUGCGACUCGAGCGAAGAACUAAUAGGGAACGCGUCCGGUGGGGGCCAGUCCGAGUCACAGACUGCGGGCCUGCAACAGAAACUGGCCCCGAUCAGUGGCUCUAUGAAGCCGACCACCGUUUUCAGGCUUCACUUUCUUGGCUCGGUUGAAGUUGAAGAGGAAGGGAGACGUAAGCGCCUUAACAACCACAUAGUGCGGGAGGCUGUGACUAAGAUCAAGGCGUUGGCACCGGAUGGCGAAACGCAGCCGAGCACAGAGGUUGACCUCUUCAUUUCGACGGAGAAGAUCAUGGUUCUGAACACGGACUUGAAGGAGAUCAUGAUGGAUCACGCGUUAAGAACAAUAUCCUACAUCGCGGAUAUCGGUGACGUGGUGGUGCUGAUGGCAAGAAGACGAUUCGUGCCGCACGAAGUCGAGGAAGCGCCGAAGAUCAAUCGAACUCCGAAAAUGAUUUGUCACGUGUUCGAAAGUGAGGAGGCUCGUUUCAUCGCGCAAAGCAUCGGGCAAGCUUUUCAAGUGGCUUACAUGGAGUUCCUGAAAGCGAACGGUAUCGAGGAUCACAGUUUCGUGAAGGAAAUGGAUUACCAGGAGGUUCUCAAUUCCCAGGAGAUAUUUGGCGAUGAACUGCAGAUGUUCGCCAAGAAAGAAAUGCAGAAAGAGGUGGUGGUACCAAAGGCAAAGGGAGAGAUUUUAGGCGUGGUCAUUGUCGAGUCUGGAUGGGGUUCCAUGUUACCAACGGUGGUAAUCGCAAACCUGGCACCUGCUGGUGCGGCUGCUCGUUGUGGACAGUUAAAUAUUGGUGAUCAGAUAAUAGCAAUCAAUGGAGUCUCGUUAGUUGGUUUGCCACUCUCCACUUGUCAGACUUACAUCAAGAAUUCGAAAAAUCAGACAGUCGUCAAGUUGACCGUUGUUCCGUGCGCGCCGGUUGUCGAGGUGAAAAUCAAGAGACCCGACACAAAGUAUCAGUUAGGAUUUAGUGUACAGAAUGGAGUAAUAUGUAGUCUAUUGAGAGGUGGAAUCGCCGAAAGGGGUGGUGUUCGAGUAGGUCAUAGAAUCAUUGAAAUCAACAAUCAAAGUGUCGUUGCUGUGCCGCACGAGAAGAUCGUCAACCUUCUUGCUACGUCAGUCGGUGAAAUACUAAUGAAGACAAUGCCCACGUCGAUGUUUAGGCUGUUAACUGGCCAGGAGUCUCCAGUGUAUAUAUAAGCGUUUGGUUACCUGGCUGAUACGCGUAGUGAACAGACAAUACAUUCGCCAUCCAUUACCAAACUAUUCACUACUUUACUCUGUACAGAUUUAUUCAAUGCAGAUCGCUUUCUGUUUGGAUUCUUACGGAAUUCUAUUCGUAUACUCUCACCAGCUCCUGCUUAGCAAAGCAACAAAACUUACGUAAACACGUUGCGACAAACAUUAAUAUAUUGAAUAUUUACAUAAAGCAAAAGAAUAUAUAUACACGUAAUAUAUACAUAAAUAUUUUAUUUAUGAAUGGGAUUCUCGGUGACUGCCUUUCAAUCAACUAGUCGAAUAACAAAACAAUCUACUAAUAUUAAUCGUCUUUACUACGACUUCAGUAACACCGAUUAAAUGCCGGGAAAGUUUCUAAUAAACUUCAAUUUAACCGCCCCCUUUUAUUUAUACAUUCUUACGAGAAAGGAAUAAGUUCAAGGAAAUCAUUUUCAGUUAACUGAAGGAUAAUUCAAUAUAUUUAUAGUACUCGUAUUUGAAUACUUCGUAUUAUUGCUUCUGAGAAAUAUGGUUCUGCUUUAAAGUUUACUUAACAGAAAUUCAGAAACACUGUAUUAAUCCUGAAUAAUUACACUGUUUUUCUUGAAAAAUCUCUAAUAUUUUAAAACGUUGUUUAUAUAAAGGGAAGAAAUUACUGUUACUGUUUUAAAAAUACCUUUCAAUGAAUACUAAAUUUUUUUUAUAUGCACUGUAUACAGCACAUUACUUUGUUCCAAGAUUCAUAAUGUAUACAAAAAUAAAACGUACACGAGUUAUCAAAGAAUAUACGUUUUGUCUGGAUUAAUUAGUAUAACAUGAAUCUACAUAAACAAGUGGCAUUUAUGUUGAACCAAUCUUCUUUAUUGUACUUCGCAUCUAGACCAUCUUUCUCAAAAGCAGUACGUAUAACGGUUAGACUACGAAUAUUAUAUAACAAAUGUGAGAGUGCAGAAGAUAAUAAAAUAAAAACUUGAAUGAAAUUUUUAUUUUAUUUUAUUUUUUGUCUAAUAUGAGUAUAUUUUAUUUCCAAUGUAUUACUUUCAAUGGAAUUAAAUAUCAGUUUCAUUUUUCAACAUGAAAGACUGUUUAGUGACAAAAAUUAGUACUUUUUUUUAUAAAAUCUAAUAAAGUAUAAUAAUAUAAAUUUUUUUUUCAAGAAAUAAGAAAGUAAAAAAGAAAAUACAUACAGGAAAACGUUUACCCAUCGAUUAUAUAGAUUAUGCGAAAAAAUUUGAUUUAUCCUGGAUGGAGAAUAUCGGAAUAUAUGUUUAGUGAAAUCAGCAUUGAGAAUCACAUUCCAUACCCGGUAAGAGAAGCAAAGUAUGCAAUGCACACGAUUAUACAUAGCACAAAGCUCUUUACUAACGUUAGAGCAGGGCUGGAACUUUCUGUACAUUACGUAGUUAACGACGUAGUAUGUUUCUACGAAGGCCUUCAUAUAUUUUGUUGGCUCCAUAGAAAUGAAUUUACAUCGUUUACUUAAUCAUUUUUAUUGUCGGGUUGCGAUGCCCUAGUAUCUUAAUUUUUACAUAAAUUAAGACCUAUUAUAUAUUAGUUAAUGUUUUCGAUACGUCGUUUCGUGAUAAGUGUCACGGUAGUUAUACGGAAGAGUACUCCGUGAUAUUUCGUUUUUAUCGAAGCAUUUUUUACGAAAAUUUUUUUUGUAUGACUACCUCUGUCAAUGGAGGAUCGCUUUCCGCAGU